CACUACAGCCUGGCGGGCCUGCCCAACCCAGCCGCAGCGGAAAGCUGCGCAAACGUGCGCGCCACCGCGGCCCGGCGGCUGCAGGUGCAGCGCUUGCAUCGGGAGGCCAUGUCCGCCGCCGACCUGGCGGCGGUCCUGUGCGCCCACGCCGGGCCCGGCGCCCCGCUGCUGCGCCUCAUGAUGGCCACGACCGUGGCCCUCAUGUUCUACGGUUUCCUGCGGUUUGACGACAUGGCGGAGGUCAGCGUUCACGCCGACCUGCUGCUCAUCACGCCCCGCCACAUGGCCAUUUUCAUCCCCCGGUCCAAGACCGACGUGGCCAUGGACGGUCAGUGGGUGCACAUCGCCCGGCUGCCCCACCUAGGCGGUUUCUGCCCCGUGGCGCUCACGGAGCGGCUGCUGCGCCAAGGCGCCUACCGCCGCCUUCCGGCGGCGGCCGAUGAGGACGUCGGGCCGCUGCUCCGUACGGUGCAGUACACGGCCGCCGGCGGCCGGCUGCAGCGCCUGGUGGGCACGCGGGCUUCGCCGGUGUUCAGCAUGUCUUACGGCGCUUUCCGCUCCAACUUCCUGGCCCGCCUGCGGGAGGCGGGCGUCUCGGGCAACAUCAAGCCGCACUCGAUGCGCAUUGGUGGCAACAGCGCCGCGGCUGACGCGGGAGUUCCGGCGUCCCUGCGGCAGGUGCACGGCCGCUGGAAGCCCGCCACUAUGGUCGGUCACUACACACGCCCCACCCUCGAGGACACCCUCGGUGUCACCCGCGCUAUGGGCCUCGCUGGAGGAUCGCUCGGCCCUUCCGGCGCCGGCGCCUCCGGCAUCCGUGCUGUUGCCUCGGUGUCGCCGCCGGUUCGCGCGGCCGCCGGCCCUCGGCCCGCCGCCGUGGUUUUGGCGGCGCCGCCGGCUGGCGGCUUGGCCGCUGGCGCGGUGGCGCCUUUGGCGGCGCCCCGGGCGCUGGUGCUUCGUGGCGUGGGCCGCUCGUCUCGCCGGGGCGUCACGCGUGGCGUGCGGGUUGCUCAUGGUGUUCGGCUCGCCGUGUCGGGCCGUCGGCGUUCGAGUUAGCUUGUUGGCUGCGCUUUGGUUGCGGUGGCUCCGUUCUGAGGCUGUGUUGUUGUUUGCUGCUGUUCGGUUUUGUUGCUCGGGUGUGGCGUGUGUUGUCGCGGCGUUCGCCCGCCUUGCGCCGUCUCUGGUCGUCGGGCCUGUGUGCUGCUUUCGGUUCGGUUGUCUUUUGCUUUUCUGUGUUGCUUUCGUUCCGGCGCGUCGGCGUCGCGCGGGCGCUCUUGCGCCCUGGGCUUGUGUGUGUUGGCUCUCGCCGCUUGUAAGGCCCUCCUCCA